AUGGCCUCCAGAACACAGAAAUGGAAAGGAGGCAAACACCGCCCGCAGGAGCUGAGGAUCGUUCUCCUGGGGCGAGACUGGCUGGAGAAGAGCCUGACAGGAAACACCAUCCUGGGCCGGCAGCUUUUUGACACCAGGAGGGAUGUGGCCAUGUGUGUCAGGAGGCAGGGUGUGCACGACAGCGGCCGCAAGGUCACCGUGGUCAACACUCCUGAAAGGUGGAUCCACUACUCUGACCCUGUCCUGGUGGAGCGCAACAUGGCAGCCUGCGUGGCCAUGUGCCAGCCCGGACCUCACGCCGUCCUCAUGGUCAUCCCCCUCGGCUCUCACCAUGGCAGGGAAUGGACAGUAGAGGGACCUCUCGAGCUGCUGAAUGACACCCUGUGGAAAAAUGUGAUUGUGUUAUUCACCAGAUAUGAAAAACUGAGAGGGGAGUCAGUGCAGAGCUAUAUUGCAAAACAUAGGUUUAUCAAGGCUGUGCUGGACAAGUGUGGACACAGGUACCACCUGUUAGACACCAGCACCUGGGGGGAAGACGACCUCACUCAGGUUGCAGUGCUUCUGGGCAAAAUCGAUGCAAUGGUGGCGAGGAACUCCAAGGACGGGGGGGUUGGUUAUGCAGUAAUGGAUGAGAAGUUCUUUGGAGUAACUGAGAGGAGAAGGAGGGAGGUGGAGGAGAGGGCGAGUCUGAGAAGGAAGAAGAUGCAGAGGACCAGAAAAGCACUCAGAUCUCUAAUGGGAGAGUCCCAUGCCACGGCUCCACUGAGGAUUCUGAUCGUCGGACCAAAGCGGGUCGGGAAGAGCUCGGCUGCAAACGCCAUCCUGGGCGACGAGGUCUUUGGUGCGGGACGUCCAGCAGCACAGCGUGCAAGGAGGCAGGGUGACGUGCACAACCGAGCGCUCACCGUGGCCGUCACACCCGGCUGGCACGGGAGAUACUGCUCACAGGACACUCCACAGGACGUUCUACAGCAAAUCACCCACGGUGCAUCACUGUGUGCCCCCGGUCCUCAUGCUUUCCUGGUGGUCAUCCGCAGCGACGAGACCUUCACUGAGACUGACCGGGUCAAAGCAGAGGAACACCUGGGCCUGUUUGGACACCGGGUGUGGAGUCGGACCGUGGUGCUGUUCACCUGGGGGGACGGACUUGGAGACACCGCCAUUGAGGAGCACAUUGAGAGAUGGCCUGCUCUUCGAUGGCUGGUGGACAAAUGUGGGAACAGGUACCAUGUCUUUGAUAACGCCAACAAAGUUGCAAGCGCUCAGGUCGUAGAACUGCUGGAGAAGGUUGAGGAAACUGAGGUUGAGAACGACACUGCGCUCAUGCUCAACACAUUCAUGACGGUCCAAGAAAGCAGCGAGAAGCUUGCACACAGCUCCAAACAGAUGCUAAGAAUGCUGGAGGAGGCUGAGAUAGAGAAUGAGCGACUGCGGCGAACGAUCUUGGAGAAGGAGAAGAUAAUAGAAGCUCUACAGCGGAGAAUAGUGAAGGAGAGGCAGAUAGAAGAGGAGAUGAAGAGACACUAUGAACAAGAGAUUGGCAGAAGAUUAGUGGAGGCUGAGAGGGACAAUGACCAGCUCAAACAGAUGAUUGGGGACAAAGACAAGAUGGUAACACAGAUGGAAGAAAGAUGUGCCGAGAAAGACGACGUGAUAAAAGCUACAAAGCAAAGCGCUGAGACAAAGGAGAAAGAGCUGAGGGAGAGAUCGGAUCGUCAUGCGCGUGAGACCGACGCCUUGAAGAAACUGUGCAAGGAGAAAGACGAAGAGCUGGAACGGAUGAGGACGGAGCGCAGAAGAGAAGCAAAAGAACUCGGGGAUAAAGUUGAACAGCUGAGGAGGGACAACGAAAAGAAAGAGAUGCUCUUCAAAGCCACCAUGGAGGAGAUGCAGAGGCACUAUCGGGAAAGCAAUCAGGCCGAUGAAACAAAUAAGGUGAAAAAUGCGAACCUGAACAAAGCGAACCAAAGCAGCAAAGCAAAGAUGGACCUGGGCGGACAGCAGAGAUGGGCGUUCACGAGGGAGGCAGCAGGAGAAGCGUGGCGGCCGGAGGCGGAGGGAAUGGAGUCAUGGCUGAGGGCCGGAGCCGCCGUGCUGGGUGCUGCCGCCGGGGCCUUUGCCAGCUCUGCGAGGCUGGCUAACGGCUCGGUUGCCAGGUUGGCCAUCGGGGCCGCAGCCGGAGCUCUGCUGGGGAGCUUACUGGUACAAGACGCCAGGUUUCAUGGGAGGAAAACAGAGUCAGAUACUGCAAGAGACAUGAAAAACCUCUGA